GGCCCGCCGGUGUCGCUCGCGUUGCGGCAGCGGCGGCUCCGGAGCGGGGCCCGGCCCGGCCCGGCCGCUUCUCCCGGCCCCGCCCGGCCAUGGCGCUGCUGCGGGCGGCCGCGCUGCCCGCCGAGGGCUGCCCGGCCUGGCUGCCCACGCACGUCCAGGUGACGGUGGUGCGGGCCCGCGGGCUGCGCUGCAAGGGCGGCGGCAAAGGCAAAGCGGGCGGCAGCGACGCGUACACAGUGAUCCAGCUGGGCCGCGAGAAGUACAGCACCUCGGUGGCCGAGAAGAGCGGCGGCUGCCCCGAGUGGAGGGAGGAAUGUGCAUUCGAGCUGCCCCCCGAGCCCGGGGCCUGCGGCGGGCUGGUGCUCACGGUGAUGCACCGGGCGCUCGUGGGCAUGGACCGGUUCCUGGGCCAAGCCCUGGUGCCCCUGGAGCCCGCCCGGCAGCGCGGCCGCGAGCCUGACGAGCGGUGGCACAAGCUGCACUCCAAGGCUGGGAAGAAGGAGAAGGAGCGUGGUGAGAUCCUGGUGAGCCUGCAGUUCACCCGGAACAGCCUGACCGCCAGCAUGUUCGACCUGUCCGUGAAGGACAAGGCGCGCUCGCCCUUCGGGAAGCUCAAGGACAAGGUGACAGGCAAGAAGAAGUACGACCUGGAGUCGGCCUCUGCCAUCAUCCCCAGCAGCAUGGCAGCCCUGGACAUGGAGGAUGACUUCGAGCUGGGGGGCAAGAAGUCCAAGCUGAAGGGCUUCUUCCUGAAGAACAAGCUGCGCAGGUCGUCGCUGACGCAGUCCAGCACGUCGCUGGGUUCCGACAGCACCAUCUCCUCUGCCAGCCUGAGCCUGGCGGGCACCGUGCCCGAGGUGCCCAAGUCCCCCAGCAGACACAGCAGCCUGUCCACCGAGCGCUCUGUGAAGGAGCUGCUGGCCUCGCCCAAGCUGAGCCACAAGAGAGCGUUCAGCGACGACGUGUCGCAGGUCAGCCCCGCAGAGCUGGAGCCCAGAGCCCCGCCGAGCCCCCAGCCCAGGAGGGACCCCACCUCCCGCUCGUCCCUGUGCAUCAACGGCAGCCACGUGUACGGGGAGGAGGCAGCGCCCCGGAACCCGCCCGGCUCUGCCCCCCUGCCCGUGCCCCGCAGGCAGGACGAGCCCUUGGGCUUCACCCCCCUGCACACCGAGCCCCACGAGGUGCCCUGGGGGCUGGGCAGCCUGGAGAGGGCCCAGCAGAGGGACGAGCCCAGGUUCAUCCCAUCCCCUCCCAGCCUGGCCCUGCAGGAAGAGCUCAAGGUGUCCACCAAGGCCGUGACCCUCAGCAACCACCUGGGCAGGGCCAGGAUGGAGGAGAGCACCCGCCUGGAGGGCAAAGCCAGCCCGGCUGCGCCUGCUCUGGGCUUCCCCACGGAGCCAGCCAAGGACAGAGCGCCCGAGGACACCAGGAAGGAGGACAAGAAAGCCAAGGGAGGCUUCUUCCACCACGGGGGCAAAGGCCAGGGGGACAGAGGGACCCCCGUCCACGCCUCGGCCGCGGGGGAUGAGAGGAGUAAGAGCAGCGGCUGGUUUGGGUCCAAGGAGCCCAAAGAGUCCCCUCAGAAACCCAGUUUCCCGCCUGGGCCGCGUGCUGCACCCGAGGUCGCUGAGAGCUUUUAUUCCUCUGAGGAUUGCAGUCCCUCUGGCUCCCCAAGGCAGACAGAGCCCCAGAGGGAGUCUCCAGCCCAGAGCGUUGGUGUCCCCGUGCCAGAAACCAGUCCCCCAGCACCGGGAGAGCUCCCUCCGGCCGACACCGACCCCGCCGUCCCCCCGCUGCCCUCGGAGUGGGACGACACCUUCGAUGCCUUUGCCACCAGCAGGCUCAAACCAGAGCGGAACAAGGAGAGCUUCUUUGCCUCGGUGGCAGCAGAGGGCAUGGCUUUCAUCGAUGACCCCAGAGCCAGCCCGACGGAGAGCUCAGCGGAGCCGCCCUGCCAGAAGGGCUCCAAAGUGUACGAAAAGGCCGCUGAAAUCCCUGCGGCUCUCCGCUCUUGGACAAAUUUCUCCGCUCUAGACGUGGGGGCCAACCUGGUGAGCACCACCCAGGAGGCCACGGUGAUCGAGGACGUGCUGAGCCCGGUGUCCGCAGGCUCCAUGGCCAGGAGGAGGAAAAGCAGCACGCCCAUGGUCUGGACAGCCGCCUUUGCCUCGGGCAACCCCGGGGACAAAGAGGUGUCGACGGCACUGAGCACUGAAAAUAGCGCUAGGGAGGCGGGGGACAGCGGUGAGGAGGAGUCCUGCGGCCCAGGGACGAACGGCUGGAUGACCAUAGCCACGGAGAGCGCCGCCGGGCCCUCAGAGAGCGCCGGGGAGCGCGCGGCUCCCCAGGGCCCCUUCGGCCCGCGCCCGCCCUUCCUGGGCGAGGGCACCAUCGAAGGCCAGAGCUCGUCCCGUGCUGCCUCCUGUGUGCUGCCCCGGAGCUCCUACCCCCCCGAGCCGGCCCCCGAGGCCCCGCGCGGCGGCUCCGUGGCGGCCGUGCCCCCGCGGGUGCCGAGGGACGCGGCGGGGCGGAGGUUCCCCGAGACGGGCGCGGAGCCCGGGGGCGGCCCGCAGGGCGCCUUGGACAUCCGCAGCUCGGUUUUCCGGCUGCAGGCCAGCAUGCGGCUGGAGGCCAGCGAGGGCCUGCUGCAGUUCAGCUCCGACAUCCGCGAGAGGCGCGUGGUGCUGGCACCGUGGGCAGGGCCCCAGGAGCCGCCGCCCGGCCUGGCCGGGCCGCCCCCCAAACCCCCCCGGCGGUUCGCAGCCGCGGGCGCCGUGGGGGACAGCGAGGACGAGGAGCCUGGUGGCAGCCAGCGAGGCAAGCAGGAGCCAUGGGAAGAGUCAGAGGACCCAGGAGCAGAAAUGGGAUUGCCCAGGAGCCGUGGGAGCAGCGAGCCCUCCGUGCCGGCGCCUCCCAGCCUGCCCGCCCCGGGAGCGGCCGCCAAUGAAGCCGGGAGAGAGUUCGCAGCAUCCGAGGGUGCCGGAGCUGCUGCUGUGGACUCAGCAGCUGGCUUGGAGACAGGAGCCGGCAGGCUGGGGACAGGGGACACCUCUGUGGGGGAACGCCCAUCAGAGAUGAACGAGACAGAUGUGGCAGAGCGGUUUGAGACUUGCGUAUCCAAGUUCUCCCUGGAUGGACUGGACCGGUCGGGUGCUGAGGAGAGCUGGAGCCAGCCCCGUUUAUCCCCUCAGGGGGCCACAGACAGUGCCAACUGGGAAACGGCCUCCAAGCAGGAGCUGUUCCCUGAGGAGCCCAGUAUUUCAGGACUAAACCCACCUUCCAAGCUAGAUCUGGGCCAGCCGACCAGCUGGACAGCUCUGGAAGAGCAGGAGGCAGCUGGGCAUCCACACCCGCAGCCCCAAAGGUCAGAACACAGGCAGAGGCCAUCCCAGCUGGAGCUGGCUUGCCAGGAUCGCGAGGGGCGAGCAGGAGGGCAGCCCAAGCCCCGCGCCCCUCCCCAGGAGGCAGAGCAGGGCAGGACCCCCGCCAGCGAGGGGCACUGGGCAGAGAGCAGGGUAGACUUCAAGAAAGCCGAUUUCUGGAAGCCAGAUAGGGCAGAGAGGCACACACAGGGAGCUUCAGCCCUGAGAAACCCUUUUACCCUGGCGCUGAGCCCCAAUUCCCCGAGCAACCCCUUCGUGGAGAAGCCCCCAGCCCCUGUCCCUGUCCAAGCUGUGCUGCCUGAAAAGCUUGAGCAGGGCGACUUCAGCUUCUGCAGCCUGCAGGAGGAAGCCCCCGGGCACGGCUUGCAGCCCACUAACGCUACCCCCCUGCAUGUCAGCCAGCCCCUGGCCUUCUCCACCCCUUUCCUCGCGGCUGCCACUAACCCCGAGCCGUGUGGCCGCCCCCGGCCCCCCGCGGGGGUCCCCGCCCGCCGCGCCGCCGCCCGGCCCUGCCCGUGCCCGCAGCCUGGGGAAGCUUCGGCGCUCCUGGUUCUGCCCAGGGAGACACGGCCGGCUGAGAAGCCCCUUGGCCAGCAGACGACCAGCCCCCACCCCGUGAAGCCCCUGAGUGCUGUGCAGGAGGGCUCCAGCGAGAGGAAGCAGCAGCCCAGGGGGGCCAGCCUGAGCUCGGCGCUGAGCAAUGGCCUGGAGAGGCUGAAGACAGUGACCACCAGCAGCGUCCAGCCCCUGGCCCCGGCCUCCCAGCCGGACAAAACCGACCCCAAGUUAAAGGACCCUGCCCAGCUGGACCAGUCAGCCAAGUAUUACCACCUGACCCACGACGAGCUGAUCCAGCUGCUGCUGCAGAAGGAGGGCGAGCUGAGCAAGAAGGAGGAGCACAUCCACGAGCUGGAGAACUACAUUGACCAGCUGCUGGUGCGCAUCAUGGAGCAGUCCCCCACGCUGCUGCAGAUCCCUCUGGGGGGGGCCCAGGCCCCCUGAGCCUGCCCAGGGCAGCAGCACCCAGCAGAGCUGUGCCCCAGUAACCACCACGCUGCCAACACCCCCGCGCCCCCUCCUCUCGCCCGAGGCCUCCAGUGGCUUCUGUUCCCAGAGUUAGCAGGAAGGGUUAUCUGCUCCUUCCCAGCCCAAGCUUAGCCCAGCUCGGCUCCAGGGAGCUGUAGGGUGGUGGGCUGCCAGCACCCUAUGGGGAGGAGCAGAGCCCUCCCCAGCAGGCAGGCAGGCGCCUCCCUGGGUUCCCAUCGCUGUGACCAAGUGCCACCUCCCAGGCACUCCUCCUGCCAGAGCUUUAAGUGACCCCUGGACAUCUGAGAGCUGGAAACCAUCUCCUCGUGACUUCAUCCUGCUGCUGCACCUCUGCCCACACUCCUCCUCCUCCUCUCUCCCCUGAGGGUGGUGUCCCCUGGGUGGUGUUGGGCUGGUGGGUGACACUGGGGACUCUGAGACCCAGUGAGGCUCCCCCAGCACGUUCCUGAGCAGAGCCUGUGGGAUGCCUUUUCCCCUCCUGACCCAGUUACCCCCAGUGAAGGGUGAAGAACCAACUCCAGUUUGAGCCACUCCCUUACCACACUUGUGGGAGAUGUUCCACAAAGGGACAGCACCGGGCCUGGGGUGGUGUCAGAGCCUGGCUGGGCCACGCUGGCUCUGUCACAGCGCCUGUGCCAGGCUGACACUGCCUGGGUCCCUCAUGGCUGGACUGGGAAUGUGGCAAAGGGAGCGUGGGAUGGUGCCCCAGGAGUGCUGCAGGAGAUCCUGUGGAGGCCCCACCCAGCAGGGGCUGCUGUGCCCUGGAGGGACUGAGGAGUGCAGAAUCCACACUGAAUUUCCACUCAGUAUUCCCAGGAAUGGCUGCUCACAGCUGCCCUGCCUCUGCCUGGUCUGUCCAGCACAGCCAGACAACAUCCCCAGAGCAAGGCCUGGGGGGGUCUGACCCCUCUGCAGGGCCCCUGCAGGGUCAGGCACCCCAAACACUCCUGGCACAGCCCAGAAUUCCCAAAUCCUGGCAGGGCAGUGCCCAGCCUGCUCACCUGAUCACAUCCACAUGCUGGGAUCAGCUCUCCAGGGCAGUGCCCAGCCUCAGGGGCAGCUCUGUCCCCUGCUGACCCCUGAGUGACCACCCAGAGGUGGAGCAGUGUGAGACCACAACUCUUUUCUUUGUUCCAGUUGUAAACUUGUCUGUUGCAAUUUGCAUCAACGUCUCUUUUGGCGUGCCAAUUUCCUUUUUUGUUUCCAGUUUUGAAGUAAAGUUAUGUUUGAAGUAAA